GGAACUAUAUUUUGUGAAGUCAUAUCCGGAUUGGGCGGAAGUGCAAACAACCCUGAUCAUUGACAAGACAGAAAGUGAAAGUAGACUAAAAGCCAAUAUUGGGUGAAAUUUUAUAAAAUUACACACUUCCACUUGGUGUACCAUCAAUUAGUGUCAUUUGUGAUGGGGGGUGGUCCAAAAGAUCACAUAAGCAUACCUACAAUGCAUUAGGGGGAGUUGCAAUCAUUAUUGGAGUUGAAACCAAAAAAAUACUUCAUGUGGGAGUCCGAAAUAAGUUUUGUUAUAUUUGUAAUAGAGCAAAAACUUUGAAACUUGAUGUAGAAGAACAUGAAUGUUUUAAGAACUGGGAUAAAUCUAGUCAGGCAAUGGAGGCGGAUAUAAUUGUGGAAGGGUUUCUAAAAGCAGACAAACAUGGAAUAAGAUAUAUGCACUUAAUUGGUGAUGGUGACUCCUCUGUGUAUUCCCAAAUACAACAGAAAGUCCCAGUAUGGGGAAAGCAUGUUAAAAACAUAGAGUGUGCGAAUCACACCUGUAAAUGUCUCCGGUCAAAUUUGGAGAAGCUAGUGGUGGAGACUCCAACUUAUAAAGGAAAAGGAAAACUUUGCAAACGAACAAGAAUAAGAAUAACAAGUGCUGUAAGAUGUGCAAUUCGCAUGAGAUCGAAGGAGAAAGAUAAAUUAAAGGCUGCAAAACAACUAGAAUUUGAUAUAAGAAACACAUUAUCACAUGUAUACGGUGACCAUACCAGGUGUAGUGAAUUCUGCAAAGCUGGGAAAGCAAGUAAGACAAAUGCUGGUCAGCAUAUAGAUUUAGACAAUGAUGACACUGAUGAUAAUGUUUUUACUGAUCAGGCGUCUAUGUGGUCAGAUGGAACAUCCUUAGAGGCACAAGAAGAAUCACGGUUUGAUUAUGAUUUAUUCCCAUCAGACUUGGAUAGUGCAAUGCGUCAGGAUAUAGCAUUGAUAUUAAACAACGUGGCUAAGAAAAGCAUCAGUUUGAUAGGUAACUUUACAACAAACCUUGCCGAAUGCUGGAUGCAUAUGAGAUCCAAGUUUGAUGGGGGUAAAAUCUUUAACCACUGCAACCGUGGAUCAUGGCAUACCAGAUGCUAUGGUGCAGCACUACGUUUUAACAGGGGUCCGAAAUGGUCAACAUCUACAUGGCAAGACAUCACAAACACCAUACCAGGCUACCAUUUUGAUAAGCUUUUUACUGAACGACAAUUAGCUUUGGAAAAUAACAACAUCAUAAAAUCAAAACCUGAAAUUAAAAGUAGUAGAUGGAAGAGAAAAAUGGCAUCAGUUAAGGAAGGUAACACAAAAAAGGCAAGAAUGCAUUAUGGAAACCAAAGUAUACAAGUUGAGGAAGACAUAACCAAAUCUGAGUUAGAGGGAAAAAAGACAAUAUUUAUGGAAAAAAAUUAUAAUUUAGAAUUAUCUCAUAUUAAAGAAAUUGAAAAACACACUAAAUUACAGAUAACAUCAGCUUCAUGGAUGGAUGAGAGAAAGAAAAGAUUAACAGCAUCAAAUUUCGGCCUUGUUUACAAAAGGAAUCCUAAAAUACCUGUAACUCCUUUGGUAAAUUCUUUAUUAUACAGUACCUUUAAAGGUAACAAAGCUACUAGACUUGGACUAAGAGAGGAAAGGGUGACAAUACAAGAAUAUAUUCAACAAAAAGCCAAACAAAAAGUUAAAGUAAAAGUAGAAAACAUGGGUCUUGUUGUGGAUGAAGAGGUUCAAUUUUUAGGUGCUAGCCCAGAUGGGAAAGUAAUGGAUGAACAUAACAACCUAGGAUUAAUAGAAAUUAAAAAUGUUCUUCACAACAAAGAAAUGACCUUAUUACAGGCUACAUCUUCCAUUAAAAACUUCUGCCUAGAGAAAAAUAAUAAUCAUGAGCUGAAACUUAAAAAAACUCACAACUAUUAUUAUCAAUGUCAGGGACUUAUGAACAUUUGUAAAUUACCGUGGAUUGAUUUUAUUGUACGCACCACUAAUCCGUAUGAUAUGAAUAUUGAUAGAAUCUAUAGAGACUCAGUUUUGUGGGAGCAGAAUUUAUUACCAAAACUAAAGGCCUUUUUCUUAAAUGCAAUGCUACCAGAACUUAGUCAUCCAAGGCACAACAAAUAUCCUGGUAUUAGAGAACCUGGUAUAUGGUAUAAUGUCAGCAUAAAAGGAAGUACACCUGGUCCAUCAAAAAAAAAAACAGUUCAUGACCAUGAUGACACUGAUGAUGAAAGUACAAAGACAGAUUUUAACCCAUUGCCACCAUUAAAAAGGAACAGAAGAAAGUGCAGUACCAUUAAAUUUUUAGGAAGAAGAAUUGCACAUGAAUGGAUUUUGGAAGACGGGUGUAAAAAAUGGUUUAAAGGAUUGGUCUUAUCAGUUUUAAAGAAGUCAGAUGGAGAUGUAAAUGCAGUGUAUGAGAUAAAAUAUGAUGGAGAGGAUGAUGCUAAUGAAGUUCAACACAAGGAGUUGUUAGAAGACUAUAGAAACUCAUCCUUGAAAUUCAUAGAUAUUUAACAGUAUUAAAGACUCCAGGAAUCCAGUGUACUUUUUGUGCUGAUGAACAUUUGAGUGGUAAAGGAAUACAAUAUAUGAUAUAAAACAUCUAAAAGGACAAUUUUGUGAUAAAGUAGGAUAAAUGACAAUUAUUUUGAUAUACAAUAUGACAAUAUUUGUCGCUUAGAAGUAUUUUUAAUAUAUUUAUUUCCAUUUGUUCAAAAUAGGGUCCACAUGAACCUU